AAUUUAUUGUCAAAUGCCAAAUCAACGUGUUGGUGGUGUUCUUUUCUUUCUUUCGUAUUUGGAAUAAUUUUCUGGACCUGUAAUAAUGUCUUCUUCCUUCUUCUUAAAAGGAAAAACAAGGCAAGUACAUAAAAGAAAAGGUGAAAGAAUUACCAAAAAGACACCGAAAAAACCAAAUGCACCUAACCUCGAAAACGGGCACGAAUCCUCUGACAGCGAUUUAGAUCUCAAAAAGUUUUCUGACGCAGAAGAAUCAGAGAGUGACCACGAGACUGCGGAGCAAAAGAAGUUGCGACUGGCCAAGAAAUAUCUUGAGGAAAUUGAGAAAGAAGAAGCGAAGCGCGCGGAACUAAAGGACCUCGACGAUGCUGUAGAAAAACGUCUGCAGAGAGACUAUUUAGAACAGAAAGGCAAAUUACGCGUAGAAGUUGCAGACAACUACACCGCGCCAACCGAAAACGAUGUCAAAUUAAUACGCGCAAAAGAACAUCGUCUAUCGCUUACAUGUGUUUGUAUAAGUAGUGAUGGUGCAUUCGCCUUCACCGGUUGCAAAAGCGGCAGCGUUAUUAAAUGGAGUCUCCGAGAAAAGAAGAAACUCGGCAGUUUAACAUACAAGACGCAUUCCAAAUACUUAAAAGGUGGUGUCACUUCAAUUGCAUUGACAACAGAUUUUAAGUAUUUAGCGACAUCAGAUUCAUCACCAGACAUCCAAAUAUGGGAUCCUCAUGCAUUGAAACAUAUACACACAUUCAAAGGCCAUAAAAAUAUUGUUGUAGGUCUUGUAUUUAGAAAGAACACACAUAGUUUGUAUUCAGCAAGUAAAGAUAGGUCAGCUAAAAGUUGGUCUUUAGAUGAAAUGGCUUAUGUGGAAACUUUGUUUGGUCAUCAGUCUCCUAUCACAUCAAUUGAUGCAUUGACUAGAGAGCGGGCUGUGACAGCAGGUGGUAGAGACACCACAAUAAGAGUCUGGAAGAUAGUUGAAGAAUCACAACUGGUUUUCAAUGGACCAGUGGGCAGUGUGGAUGAGGUGAAGUUAUUGAACGAGGAACACUUUGUAUCCGGUAGUGACAAUGGAUCAAUUUGUUUAUGGAGUGUGUUGAAAAAAAAGCCUUUAUGCACUGUCACUGAAGCUCACGGCUCAGAGAAUGAUGUGCCUCGCUGGAUAUCAAGCCUCGCCACUCUCCUAAACUCAGACAUUUUUGCAUCUGGAUCAUAUGAUAACCACAUAAGGCUAUGGAAAAUUGCAGAUGCAUAUAGAAAUAUUAAACCUAUGUUUAGUGUAGAAAUAAAUGGUUUUGUGAACAGCAUGCAGUUUACGAGUGAUGGACAGCAGUUGUUUGCGGCUGUAGGGCAGGAACACAAAGCUGGCAGAUGGUUCAAGCAGGCUGCAGCUAAAAAUGGUUUAUUAAUUGUCAAAUUACCUGUUAAGUUAAAAUGAUUGAAAAAUAAAAUACUAUUUUACUUUUAAA